AUGUCGGAGCCGAUGUCAAAACGUGCAAAGAUCGAGGACCCAAGUGGUGAUCUUCCUGAGUCGGCUAAAGCUAUUCUAAAGGAGAUUGACGAUAUUCAAAGCCAGCUCGACACCCUCAGCGAGAAAGCAUCAGAAGAAAUAAUCAAGGUGGAGCAAAAAUAUAAUCUUCAACGUAAGCCACACAUGGAGAAAAGAUCAAAGUUGAUCAAAGAUCUUCCAAAUUUUUGGCCAACAGUGUUUCUUAAUCAUCCACAAAUCGCCAACUUGAUUAAUGAACUGGAAGAGAAAGCGCUGGAAUCGCUCACUUCUGUUGAGGUUGAAGAAUCUGAGGACAUCAAAAGCGGAUACAAGCAUUUGGACGAUGAUGAAGCAGAAAGUGGUCUGACGUUUUUCCAAUGGCUUUGCACGGAGUUAGAGCCUGGUGUAGAUGAUAUUGCAGAGGUCAUUAAGGAUGACAUUUGGCCCAAUCCAUUACAAUACUUCCUUGUGAGUGAAAUGGAAGAUCUCACUGAUGAUGAUUUGGACGAAGCUGAUGAUGAUGAUGAUCUGGAGGAGGUCGAUGAAGACUACGAAGCU